AUCCACCGGUUGUAUGGAUUUAGGACCUUGAGGAUGCCAGAUGUUUCCAGGGCGCCUGCAGCAGACUACAGUUCCAUUGACCUGCCGAUAGCAGCGCGAUAAAGCAGCAGCGGCGCAGAAAAGUUGAGCCAGUCGGACCAGACUGUGCGCCUUGACGCACCGGUGGAACAGCAACGAUGGGAGCUUCGCAGACGCGUUCCGAACACAAGUACCAGGACCUUAUGGAUAAAACCGGAUUUUCAGUGGAGCAGAUCAAAAACCUCCACAAACGAUUCGAGCAGCUGAGUGGAAAUGAAGAGACUAUAAGUAGAGAAAACUUGGAAAACAUACCAGCCCUCGCCAACAAUCCAAUCAGAAGGCAAAUUAUUGGAGCAUUCUUCGAUAAAAGGAACCAGCAUCAGAAUGAGGUGGGCUCCUUCGAGGAGAUUGGCUUCGAGCAGUUCCUCAUGGUCAUGUCCCACUUCCGCCCUCCAACUUUGAAAACAACGGAAGAGGAGAGGGAAACUAUGAGAAAGGAAAAGCUUCGCUUCCUGUUCAACAUGCACGACACAGACAAUGAUGGCACCAUCACUCUGGAGGAGUACAGGAAGGCAGUAGAGGAGCUUCUGUCAAAGAGUGGAGCCAUCGGGCAGGAAGGUGCCAAGGCAAUAGCAGAUGCUGCCAUGUUGGAGGUGGCAAGCACAAAUGUGCCCCACAUGGCCCCGGACGAUUUCUAUGAAGGAAUUACAUUUGAGCAUUUUGAACAGAUUUUAAAAGGUCUUGAAAUGGAGUCCCGGAUGCACAUUCGCUUUUUGGAUGUAGACACCACAACAAUGCGUUGUGGGAGAUCAACCUCUUGAAGGAGUUGUUCUUGUAAAGGAAUGUUUAUGUUGCUGCUGUUUUUAGCAGGAAUUCUCUAGUCCGUAAAUAGAAUGAAGCCAAAUUCUUUUGAUAUGCACUACGGUAUUUUUGGACAGAGACAAAUAAUCCAACUUUUUUCUACUUUAUUAGAGAGACAACCUGCUGCUGUUGCAGUUUCAGGUUUGACUAAAGAGUUGAAGUAUUCUGUGAAAAAGGACAUGUACUUCUAAAGUUCUCUGUUAAGCCUAAAAAUUCUGUUUCAUGUAAUUUUUCAAUUUUCAAGCAUUGUUAUUCUAAAAGUAACAAGUGUCACACAUUUAGAAGAAAAUGAUUUCCAUAUAUUUUGUCACUCUCCUGUUCAUUUCUAUCAAAUUUCAAACUAACACUACCUCUCUGUAUUCUCCUGCUGUUCUACAAAUCUUUAUGUAAUCAGCAUGUAAUGUAAAGGAUUCUUUGUAUUUUAGUCAAAAGCUUCACAUGUCAGAUGAAGACAGUGCUCACUGGCUCCUCUGGAAUCCAUAGGUCGCCUGUUGUGGCGUUCAAACUGUAAGACUGCAGGCACAAGCCAUUCUCUGUAGCUCCAGAAGAGUUAUAGGUUUACUCUAUCUGUUCCUCUGAGACUGUGUGUUACCAUCCACCUCUGUUCUACCUUGAAAAUCCACUUAACUUUCCCUAAGAUGAAUUAUUACAGUUUUUUGCACAGAAUUUUGUUAAUGAACAAAAUAAAUCAAACACAUUCUGAUAAAAAUAAAUGAAAGAAGAAAAUGAAAAUGAUAAAUAAUGUGUUUUUGGACAGCAACAAAUAAUCCUACUUUUCUGGAUUGGAGACCAGACAACCUGUUGUAAGACACCAGCAGGCUGAUGUUGUGGGCACGAUGUGGUCUUGGGACAGUGCAUCCUUAGAGAAGCUGUAUUAACUCCCCUGUGUCUGAAGGAUAAAAACAUAUCAGCAACAACGUUAACAAUUAAUUUUAUUUUAAUUUAAUUGUAUUUUUGAAUCUGGGCCUUAUUUUCCCAAAUUGAUCUGGACAAACGGACAAAAAGUGUUUGAAAGCAUUCAACUGUGGAAAAUUGAUUUACUUGCUUCAAUAGGUGUUUUGUUUUUGUUUUUUUGUUUGUUUUUUUUUUUUUUGACUGAUAUGUAUCAACUGCCAAGCCUGUGGUCUUCGUUGGAAAUGAUUCUGAAGCUUCCUGUCCGCUUAUUUAUAUGGUAACAGGUGGGACGACCAUGUCCGUUUAUCAAUCAGCUGACAGGAAGUUUCUGCAACACCUCUGAUAAGAACUGCAGGUUUGGUGGUCGAAACAUGUAAAGUAAAACAAACAAACAACAAAAAGUCUUUUGCUUACACCUUAUUGUACCCAGACUGCAGAGAUUAAUCUGUGCCUGUCUAGUAAAGACAAGGUACUCUGCUUCAUCAAUUAUGAAAAUGAUGUUAAACUGGACAGGAGCCAUGAAUCCUACUUCCAUGUCCAGGAACAAUUUCACAUGGAUGCUAAGUGUAAGUGCAACUUUGUGGGGUGGAACUAUGAUGACAUUUGUGUUAGAAAUAAACGCAAUUAAACACAGUAGUUUAAAAGUCCCACAAAAGAGAUAUACAAGUUCUACAUGUCAUCUAUGUAUCCCUCCGCGCUCUCUACGUCUCUGUGUGUAUCUGUGUAGCUUCACGGGCUGCACUCGCGAGAGACCCCGUCAAUAAAUAUCCAGUCACUGUCACUCACGGAUGUAUUAUUAGUGAUUAUAUUCUUAUAAUACAUCCAUGUCCAGAUCUUGUCGGUAUCCUACAUUCCCCGUGGAUGUCUUAUAAGAGCAAUCAAAGGCGG